AUGGCUGAUGCUCGAGCUCGAGCUCAGAGACAUGUCCCUGACAAUGGCGGAGCAGGGGCCUCGGGCAUACCACAUGUGACCUCAGCUUUAAGAUCAGUGACCAUGGAGUCCGGGGAGUUCGCUAGGAUUAUUCAAGAAGGAAUUACGGCGGGCCUACUUCAAGGCAACAAAGGAUCAGCAAGAUUCAGUCCCAACACUCCCUUUACUCCCGAGAUAUUGACAUUCCCCUUGCCAGACAGAUUUAAGUAUCCUAGGAUCAAAGAAUAUGACAGGACCACCGAUCCAAUCAAACAUCUUAACGUAUACAUGGACGUCAUGAAUCUACAGGUCGCACCGGAUCAGGUAAUGUGCAAGGCCUUCCCGCAAACUUUGACGAAUGCUGCUAGGGAUUGGAAGAUAGCGGCUUCCCUCAUGCAACUUAGACAAGGGCAGAAUGAGACCCUACGUGACUUCAUGACCAGGUUCAACAAGGAAAGACUUCAAAUUUCCGACCUACAUAUAACUGCAGCAGUUUCUGCCCUCACAUAUGCCAUAAAGUGUGAGGCUUUCAAGAUGUCUUUAUCCAAAACUCCGCCAAAGAUAGUGACUGAGCUUCUUACCCGAGCCGAGAAGUACAUAAAUAUGGAGGAAAUACUAAACCCGAGAAAGGUUGGACCAUUCCAUGAUAGGGUCGAGCAUAAACGACAGCACGACCCGAACCCCCGUCAAGAACCACCUCGGAGAAAACAGAGACAGGAGGUUCCCCCGACGUCAUUCACGUGUUUAAAUACGUCAAAAACAAAUAUAUUGAUGGAGAUCAAUGAUAUGAAGAAACUUAAAUGGCCUGUCAGAAUGAGGUCACCACCCGAAUCCAGGGAUAUGAACACGUACUAUGAGUUCCAUCGGGAUCAUGGGCAUACCACGAAAAACUGUAAGGCCCUGCAACGGGAGAUUGAAGCCCUUAUUAAAAGAGGACUCCUGAGUUCCUACGUCGAUAAUGACAAACGCCCGAGGAAUGAUCGUGGUAGGGAAAGAGCCCCUGAAGCAAAAAUGGAUGGUCAACCCACUGCUGGAACCAUCAAUAUCAUCAUUGGGGGUAUUGCCUCGGGAGGAGACUUGAACAGUGGAAGAAAACAAUACGCCCGACAAUAUACCUUGGCCUUUGGGAUGCCUCAUGGAAAGUUGGAGGAUAUUACUUUUGGAACCAGGGACUUGGAAGGUGUAUCACUUCUACAUGAUGACGCCUUGGCCAUCUCAGCGAUUGUGGCCAAUUUUGAAGUAAAGAUAAUCUUGGUUGACAACGGGAGUGCGGCCAAUAUACUUUCACAAGAGGCUUUUGCCAAAAUGGGAAUCUCAUCUCAGCAUCUCAAAGUGGUUAAAACUCCUCUCCAGGGGUUUGGAGGAGGAGUCAUCACUCCAGAGGGUGUCGUCGAGCUUCCUUUAACUUUGGGUUCUAGCCAGAAACAGGUUACAGAGAUGACAUCUUUUCAAGUGGUAAGUGUCUCAAUGGCCUAUAACGCUAUUUUGGGAAGACCACUCCUGAACAAGAUCAAAGCCAUUGUGUCUACCUUCCACCUAGCCAUGAAGUUUCCAACAAGUAAUGGCAUUGGGGUUGUGCGUGGAGACCAAACAGCUGCUAGACAAUGCUAUGUUACUAGCGUUCGGGAAAUAAAUAACGACGUCAUGCAAAUCUCAAGGACGGAGCCCGAGACCGGGUAA